AUGGAGUCCAGCGCUGUCGCCGAUUGCUUGAGAGAUAAGUGCAUCCUCAUCACCGGCUCAACAGGGUACCUCGGGAAAUUGCUAGUGGAGAAGAUAUUGCGGGUUCAGCCGGUUGUGAAGAAGUUGUACCUACUGGUCCGCGCGCCCGACGCUACGUCUGCUGAGCAGCGUGUCUUGUCCGAGGUCAUUGGAAAGGAUCCCUUCAAUCUUCUACGAGAAAAAUACGGGAUUACUGGCUUCCAUAACUUCAUCAAAGAAAAGGUAGUACCUCUCGCCGGAGACAUCGUGGAUGGCUACUUAGGGCUCCACAACUCAAGAGUUCAUGCCCUGUCGGAGGAGAUUGAUGUUAUCAUCAAUGUGGCUGAAACCACUAACUUUUUUGAAAGAUGUGUGCGUCACGGAGAUGAUGUAGCUGUUGUUUCUGCCACAGAAGAUCAUAUGGCAGAAGUUGAACCAGUAGCAGCCGCCAAGUCCUCCUGA